AUGUCUUUGCAUGAUGCUUACCACUGGCCUUCUCGUACUCCCUCUCGUAAGGGAUCUGCGAUUAAGCUCAACAAAACAUUGUUGGAUCAUUUGAAGGAGUUGGAAUUUCAGUUCACUGUCCCUACCGAUCUUUUGAAACGCGUCACUGAACGUUUUGUUUCCGAAUUGAAGCGUGGUUUGACUACUCAACCAGGUGAUAUUCCUAUGAUACCUACCUGGGUUACUAGCUGCCCCGAUGGUUCAGAAACUGGUUCUUAUUUGGCCCUCGACAUGGGUGGUACAAACCUACGUGUCUGUGAGGUUGAUGUUCAAGGUAAUGGCAAAUUCGACAUCAUACAAAACAAAUAUCGUAUGCCUCAAGCCUUGAAGACUGGUACUCGUGAAGAGCUCUUUGACUACAUUGCUACAUGUGUCAAGAAGUUUGUCGAAGAGAAUCACCCCGAAGGCGACAAAAAAUUAGAAAUUGGCUUUACCUUUUCCUACCCUUGCAAGCAAGCAUCAAUUGACGAUGCAGUAUUGAUUGCGUGGACCAAGGGAUUUGAUAUUGAUGGUGUUGAGGGCGAAAGCAUUGUUCCUUUGUUUAGCGACGCUUUGAAGCGUGUUGGAUGCAACAACGUAACUCUAAACGCAGUCUUGAACGAUACCACUGGUACUUUGGUUGCUUCAAACUACACAAAACCAGGUACUGAAGUUGGUGUCAUUUUUGGUACUGGUUGCAAUGCUUGCUAUAUCGAGCGCUUUGAUGAGAUUCCCAAACUUCACGGUUAUCGUUUGCCUGCUGAUAUGUCCAUGAUUAUCAACUGUGAAUGGUGCGACUUUGACAAUCAACAUGUUGUCUUACCUCGUACCAAGUAUGAUUUGGCUAUCGAUGCUGACCACCCACGCCCUGGUUUGCAAACAUACGAAAAGAUGAUUGCUGGAUGUUACAUGGGAGACAUCUUGCGUCGUAUCCUUUUAGAUUUGCAUGAGAAUGGUGUUAUGUUUGCUAAUCAAGAUGUCACCAAGCUUCGUGAUCCAUUGGCCAUGGAUACUUCUGUGUUGAGUAUGAUUGAGGUGGAUCCUUUCGAAAACCUAGACGAAACUGAACAGUUGCUUGAGAAUACCUACGGAUUAACUACUACUGAAGAAGAGCGUCAUUUGAUCCGCCGUACCUGUGAAUUAAUUGGUACACGUGCUGCCCGUUUGUCUGCCUGUGGUGUCUGUGCCCUUGUCCUCAAGACCAAGAAGCAAUCCAUGAUGAUUGGUACCGACGGCAGUGUUUAUAACAAAUACCCGCACUUCAAGGAGCGUUUAGAAGCAGCCUUUAAGGAAGUUCUCGGUGAGGAGGUUGGCGGUAAGGUUAUUACGACUCCUGCUGAAGACGGUAGUGGCGUUGGUGCAGCUUUGGUGAGUGCUCUUCAAGCUAAGGGGAAAGCUUUAACCAAAGAGGCAUUGGACAAAGUUAGAAAGUAG